UCAGUUGGCCAAGUAUUCCUCCAGUUUGUCUGCAGACAAACAGAAUUAUUUGUUUGAAUUAAACUGAGUUUCUGAACCUUUUCUCUUACCUCCUACACAGAUCAUUGCAUAUCAGCCAUAUGGACGCUCUGUAGACUGGUGGGCAUAUGGAGUGCUGCUCUAUGAAAUGCUUGCAGGACAGCCUCCAUUCGAUGGAGAGGAUGAAGAUGAGUUGUUCCAGUCCAUAAUGGAGCACAACGUGUCAUACCCCAAGUCCCUGUCCAAAGAAGCUGUCUCCAUCUGCAAAGGGCUGAUGACCAAGCACCCGUCCAAGCGUCUGGGCUGUGGCCUUGAGGGAGAGAGGGACAUCAGAGAACAUGCCUUCUUCAGACGUAUCGACUGGGAACGCCUCCAGAACAGGGAGAUACAGCCACCUUUCAAGCCCAAAGUG